AUGGCACUGAACGAAAAAUACAUCCACAGCACGGAAGAUGCUCAACCCUCUGUAAGGUUCGCGACAGAAUCAACGGAAGCAAUAGCGUUAUCUAACCUCGACGAAAGCGAAUCACAGCCACGUGGAGAGAAUAAACCUUCCAGCAUCAGGCGAUACGGAACGAUCACGGCGAUAAAUGGCACCGUUACAGUAUUUUUUGCGUUCGCUACCCACCAUUACAUUUAUCUUGAAAAAGACUGCAGCACCAACUGUACUAUGCAGUGGUGUGAUGGAUACGGCAUGCUGGUUCUUCUGCUGGCAUUUGUCUACUCGGGGCUGCUGUAUUUUUGGUUGAUCAAGCCAAGAAUGGGAUCCACAGUCAGCAGGUUUUUGUCUCCUACAAAAACAACCUUAUCGAACAUAUUCCAUAAGAAGACGACAAAAGCGAUCGUGGGCGCGAUCGUGCUGCUCGGUUUCGCGCUAUUCCUUUACUUUGACUCCCGCCAUGAUGCGUCCCGGCUGAUGUCCCUAACAGGGAUGGUUGUUUUGCUUGGCCUUUCUUUCCUGUGUUCGAAGCACCCGAAAAGGAUCAACUAUCGGCCUGUUUUUAUUGGUCUGCUCGUACAGGCUCUGCUUGGUCUGUUAUGCAUCCGCUGGGAUGUGGGACGAAGCAUUUUUGCCUGCAUCGGAGCGAAAGUGGACACAUUCCUGCACUACUCGUCAAUCGGAGCCUCGUUUGUCUAUGGCGAUGCGCUCAUCAACAAGUACUCGGUGUUUGCGUUCUCCGUGCUAAGCGUCAUAUAUUUCUUCAGUUUCUUCAUCUCCAUUCUGUACUAUGUCGGGGCGAUGCAAUGGUUCGUGUUGAAGCUUGGCUGGAUUCUGCAGUCCAUCAUGGACACGACCGUUUGUGAAAGCAUCAUGGCUGCGUCGAACAUUUUCCUCGGCAUGAGUGAAUCACCGCUGAUGAUCAAACCUUAUGUGAAGGACCUUACGCACUCGGAGCUUCAUGUCAUCAUGGCGUCAGGGUUUGCGACCGUCUCGGGGACGGUGCUGGCCGCGUACAUUUCCUUUGGCGCCAGCCCAGGACAUCUCAUUACGGCCAGCGUUAUUUCGGCGCCGGCCGUUCUUUGUGUGUCGAAGAUCAUCUAUCCGGAAGUGGAGGAAAGCAAAACAAGCACGGAUAAUAUUCAAAUGGAGCAAUCAACAGACACCUCCAUUGUCGAUGCUGCUUGCAACGGGGCAAAUGCAGCCACCUCAUUGAUCCUUGGCAUCAUCGCGAAUCUGAUUGCGUUCGUCGCGUUCGUGGCGUUUGUUAAUGGCCUGCUCGGCUGGUUGGGUAUGCUGGUCGGCAUAGAGGAUGUAUCGCUUGAGUGGUUCUGCGGGCAUAUUUUUCGCCCGCUUGCGUUCGUGAUGGGAGUUUCGUGGAAGGACAGCGAGCACGUCGGUAAAAUCAUUGGCAUCAAAACGGUUGUGAACGAAUUCGUUGCCUAUCAGCAACUGGGAGCCCUGAUGAAAAAUCAAACCGUAACGAGCCGUUCCUCUACGAUCGCAACGUACGCCAUUUGUGGCUUUGCCAAUCCAAGCUCACUGGGCAUAAUGAUAGGAGCUCUUAGUGCAAUGGCUCCAUCACGACGAAGUGCCAUCACAUCCGUUUCUUUCCGUUCUUUUAUUGCUGGUUCGAUCGCUUGUUUCAUGACAGCGUGUAUUGCUGGUCUAUUGAUUGAUGAUUCACAAUCUAUAGCGAUGCAGGAACAGACACUAGGAGCACCGGCUAAUUUAACAUUCUAGUAUGAAUAAAUUUAAAUGGCGGU